AUGGAGUUUGUCAUUGGACACACUUGGGAUGGCAUACCCGUGAGCCACGAGCCUGCAACAGUGCGACUGAAGCCGGGCAAAGCAGGACUGCUAAUGGAAGUUAGUGCUCCCUUCUUUAAUGAUCCUCCAGCACCACUUGGAGAGCCAGGGAAGCCCUUCAGUAGCCUGUGGGACUAUGAGGUUGUAGAAGCAUUUUUCUUGAGUGACAGAGCUGAACAGUAUUUAGAAGUUGAACUUUGUCCUCAUGGACAACAUUUGCUGCUGCUUCUUUCUGGCAGAAGAAGAGUAUGGAAAGAAAAUCUUCCUUUAGAAUUUGAUGUGACCAGAAUGGAAGACAAAUGGGAGGGGCAAGCUUGUCUUCCUUGGAGUUAUUUUCCACCAUACACCAACAAGUUUAAUGCCUUUGCAAUUCAUGGUUCGGGAGUAGAGAGAAAAUAUGAAGCGCUUCAUCCUGUGCCUCGACAUGAACUGCACGAGGGACAGAAGCCAGACUUUCAUCGUCUGGAUUUUUUCAAAGAAUUGAACCUGAAAGCACUAAUGGGAGAAGACUGGAAGCAGCCUGAAUCAGAUAUAUGGAAAUGUCUUUGA